AUGAUUCUAAAAUUUUACUUCGUUAUUCGAGGGAUUCUGAAACGAUCGUGUUCACAUAGCGGGGUUACAAAUGAGCCUGUAGACCGACGAAGUCGACUGUUAUCGUUACGGCUUUUUCGGCCAGCAGCAGAUCAAUCUGCAGAAAAAAAGUCUUCGAGGAUUCCGAAAUUAUCGUUAACUUGGUCAGAGAAAAAUGCAGUUGCUAUAUUUGGUGACACUACUUCUGAAGAAACUCUUGACGAGCCAGACGAAAAACCCUGCACGUCAAAUGCUUCGGAGGCAAGUAGUCAAGGAACGGACUCUUAUAAUUUCGAGUCGGUAAGGCAGACAGAUAUCCUCAGUGAUAGUGAUGAUGUAGAGGAGGACAGUAGUGGUAAAAGUAGCAGUGUAAAGGAAGAUGAUAAAACUAAUGAUGAUAUUUCAAGUGUAACUUCUUCAACUGGAAGUUCACAUAUUGCCGGGAAGUGGUGGUUUGGUAAAAGUACAAGGUCUGUGUUAGAAAAAUUAGAGGAGAAAGAGGCUCAUCUAAACCAGCUUAAAAACCGGUUGAACGAACUUGAAGGUUUGAUUGACGCCGGUUAUGCAGUUCGGGAAAAAAAACGGCAACUCAAAGAAGAAUACGAACAGCUGAGCGAAGAAAUUGACAAUGAGAAACAGGACAAAAAGCAAGAGACGUCUGAAGCUCCGAAAUCGCCUUCACAGACUGUGAAGCUUUUUUUGGCGUUAGAAGACUUAAAAUGCCGCCAAAGGGCUUCUGCCGAAAAGGAGACUAUGACUGAUGCUGCGAUUGGCCCAGAACUUCCAAAUUUCUUGCCCGUCCUGCCUUCUUCUCCACAACCAGAACUGAUGCAGUCACCGAACUUCUCAUUGCAACGUGAACUGCUGCUGCAGCUACAGCGAGUCCAAAACCUCAGCACUAGCUCUAAAUUUAGAGCUUCUCUGUUACUUUUCAUAUGUUUUAGGUUAGAUAUGCGAUGGUCAAUUGACGAUUUAAAGCUUAGUGCUCAUCGUACUGUGCUGUCUAAUGAAAAGACGUUAGAAGAGAAUAAAACGACCUCAAAAAAUUGUACUUCUCGUUCAUGUUUAGAGGCGAAAGCGAGGCUAAAGCGAGAAAAUGAAAAAUUGCGUAAAGAAAUUGAAAAUCAAAAAACUGAAUUCGAUAACUUGGACGAGCAACUAAAGAAAUUAAAGACAGAGAUGUCAAGAUGUCAGAAUGAUCACAGCGAAAACUUUGAAGCUCUGCAGAGCAUGAAAAAAGAAUUUGAACAGUCCGCUGCCGAAGUUCAGGCAGCAAAUAUGACAAUUAUCAGGCUACAGGAUGAGGUUUCGACUAAAACGAAAGCUAUGGAUUACUUAGAAGAACGUACACAAGCAUAUCGGAAUAUAAUUCUUGACAAUGAUCUUAUCGUACCCGAUGAGUCAACAGAAAACUGGCGACGUGGAUUUGCGGACCCAAGAUUUACAGCGAAUCCAUGCAAAAAGAUACAGACACUAUUGACUUCUGAAGAUCUGCAGCAUCGGGAAGCGCAUUUCCACGAUUUAAAGGAUAAAGGCAAGGUGCGUGAAGUUGAGGAAAACCUAUCGGCAAAAAGCUGUUUAGUCGAGUUAUUGACAGCAGAAUUAGAAAAAAAGGAGCAGUCCGCAGAAGAAAUGAUGGGAAAAUACCAGAAGGAAAAGCAUGAACUGGAAUCAAAGAUUACGGGGCUGACUAAACUGGCUGAUCGUGUUCCAAUUUUGGAGAAUGAAUUAGAUAAACUCCAGCAAGAAAAGAGUCUGAUGCAUCUUCAGCUACAGGACGCAAGGGAGAAGUUUGACGCUGACCUUGAGACAUCAUUAACUGAAACUUUAAAGAAGUAUCAACAGCAGAGUUCAUACUGGACUGAAAAAAUGAAUGCUGUUAACGAAAUCAAUGAGAAUCUAAGGGGGAAAAUUAUUAUUCUUGAAAGGGAAAUAGAUGAAAUGAAGCUUCGUAAUAAGGUUGAAAAAGCUGAUAUGUCCCAGAAGUUGACAUCCAGUAUACAAAAAGUUGAUCUUCUGAGAAGUCAGAUUAAUCGCUCCACUCGCGACGUAGAAGUUGAGGCGCGACCCAGUUACAACAGUAAAUACGUUGCUUGUAAACCUAAUACAAAAAAUAAAUUCACAGAAAUUAAGAAAGGGGAUUUGUUUGAUGAGAUGGAGGAACGCCUGAAACUUUGCCAGGGUGAACUACUUGCAACCAGAAGACAAGUUGAGGUUUUACAACAAAAACUAGUGGAUACAGUUCAAACUCAAGUGGCUGAUCAAAAGAGUACUUUACAACUUCAAACGAUGAUUCGAAAUGCACAGAAAAAAGAUAAAGCAACAGAAGCUGACAGUAUCACGGAACGAAAUAACGAAAUUGAUCGCUUAAGAGAAAAAGUUGACCAACUGGAGCAACAAAAUUUUGAACUUACUUCGGAACUUUCUAAGGCUGAAGAAGAAAAAUGGAAUUUAGCAUUGAUGAAACAUCAGGAUAUGACGCAGCUCGCUGCAGAAUUUGAGAGUGUACGGAAAGAGCUUGACCAGGAAAUUAGCAAGUAUGAAAAGGAACGCUGUCGGCUUAAAAAUCGAAUAAAAGCAUUAACAAAGGCAAAGCUUGACAGAGAUUGGCUUAUACAGAGUUUGAAGAAGCAUGAGCUCAGAACCAACGGAAAGUUAAAUCAUACUCCGAUUUUCAGGUGUAUGUCAGUACCCCAUAUGAGGAAAGAUUCUAUUGCUGAUGAAUUACAAACUGCAAGAGCUUGUAACUCGGUUCUUAAACGCAUCAACGCAAACUUGAAAAAAGAAUUGAUGAUCAUAAGGCGUUUGAUUGAAAGUUCUAUUCAAAAUAACGUCUUUCAUAUAAAUAGUGAUUUAAAAUCGCAAUCAUCAAAAGAGUUUUUAAAACCAGGAUUUAACGAUUUAGCUUCUGAUCUCAACCAGGUUCGAAAGGAACUGGAAAAUAUAAUUUUCCAAAUAGAUAGGAAUGCGAAUCCGCGGGACUCAACAAAAUUAAGCGAAUCUACGAGUACAGUAUCUCUUUCACAGGAAGAAAAACCUGAACUUCGAUUGGAAAGCGAUUUAGAUCGACUGCGAAAGGCACUAAAACGUUCAUGGGCUGAUCGUGAAAACCUCAGUAAGCAGCUUGAUCGAAUAACUGCCGAAUUUCAGGAAUUUUCUGUUGGACCAGACAGUACCAAAAACUUUCUGCAGCGUUCUUAUCUUUACGAUGAAAGGCCACCAAUAAUGAGGAGCAGAAGUUUCGCUGGUUUAGCCAAGUGGUGGAGUGAACAGAUUCAGUCGAGUUGUGAAGCAAACGGCGGCAAAGGUUUUGCUGUGGUACCAUUUGUUUGCCCGUCAGAAGCAUUAAUAGACCAUCGUACAUUACAAUCCGUGGAUUCCAAUCAUCUAACCAAUUCAACUUCUUGGGACUCUUUUUUGAUGUCGGAUAAGCGAAAAAAACGUCUCAAAGCGACCCAGUGGAAGAGGUUAUGUCAAAGUAUGACUAUAUUAGAAAUGGCCGUGGAUCACCAAGUUGAUGAAUAUAAAUUGGGUUCUGUUAGGGAGAAUAUAACUUUGAACAGAGAUGCAUGCAAAAGUAAUUAUUCGACGGACCUAACGAGCUUGAUUACAAAAAAUAAAGACGAUGCUUUGUAUAAUAUAUUUUCGGUUCCAGACGAUCUCGAAAGUUUAAAACGAGCGAACAAGAGUCUGAAGUGUGAAAAUAUCAGACUGAACAACUUCAAGAAUGCACGAAUCAAUGAUCUCAAGACUAAAGUUACGGUUCUCCUAGAACAGAAUGAAAGUCUUGCUAAGAAGCUGGACGAAAUUGAGAAGGAGAGACAGGAGAUGUAUCUGAUUAUGUUCAAGAAAGGAAGACAGGCUGCUAAGCAUGACAUUGAUGAGCUAAAUACGUACAACGAAUUAACUGAGCACCAUGUUGUCCUACGAUUUUUACACGAUGCCUUCUAUUACUACCUGCUCAAUAAGGGCGACGCACGAGAGCACUUACAGGUUAGUUAA